AUGACCGCGGCGGCGGAGCGCCGAAAGCUCAGCGGCUACCUACGUGCCGUGGUGUCCAUCCCCGGCGGGGACGUCGCGGCGGCGGCGUCGAUCCCGCCGCUGUCCCCGUGCACUCUCUCCGCGUGCGGGGCCGUGGCCCUAGCGCCGCUCCCCGACGACGUGGGGACCCAGCCGCGGCGGCCCAGGUGGCGCGCGCCCGGCGUCGUGCGCCUGCUCAGGACGCUCGUGGCGAACCGCUGCGUGGAGGUGGAGGGCACGCUGCUGCGGGUCGUGACCAGGAGGGCCGGGGAAGGGAAAGGGGACGGCGCCGAGGUGGAGGCCAGGGCCGUCCUGCUGAUCGACGUCUACUUGCCCGUCGCCGCGUGGUCCGGGUGGCAGUUCCCGCGCUCGCGCUCCGCUGCCGCCGCCGUCUUCAAGCAUGUCAGUUGCAACUGGGAUGCUAGGAAACGUUUGCUUGAUUUUGACUGGACUUCUCAUGACAAUACACACUGUGAUGACCGAUCCAUUUGGAGCUGCACCGAUUGUCACGUGCUUGGUUGCGAGGACCAUAAGAUAGCAUCAAUAUCAAAUAAAGAGAAGUCAUUUGACCUGCAUGAAAUCUUCAAGACGCUCCCUGGUGUUAGGAUGGAGAAGAACAUGCAGGUAGCAAGAAUAAUACCAGAUGCAGGAGCACUGGAACUGGGUAUUUGGUCUGUCCCUGACGAUGUAUUGCAUAAAGUACUAAUUCUACUUAAACCCAGAGAUUUGAUAAGAGUGGCAGCAACCUGUCAUCAUCUUAGGACUCUUGCUGCCUCUGUUAUGCCUUGCAUGAAGCUUAAGCUCUUCCCCCAUCAAGAGGCUGCUGUCGAAUGGAUGUUGAAGAGAGAGCAGAACGUGCAUGUCCUAGCACAUCCUUUGUACAAGGAAUUCUGCACUGAGGAUGGUUUCCCAUUCUACAUAAAUGUUAUCUCUGCUGAAAUAUCUACCGGUGAUGCUCCAACCAUAAAUGAUUUCUGUGGAGGUAUGUUUUGUGAUGAACCUGGGUUAGGGAAGACAGUAACCACACUCUCUCUGAUUCUGAAAACCCAAGGAACAAUGGCGUACCCUCCACAAGGGGUGGAUGUGAGUUGGUGCAUGCAUAAGCCAGAUAAAAAAUGUGGUUACUAUGAAUUAAGUGCCAGCUGCUCUUCUAAUAGAAACAGCCCUUCGUCUGUGUCAAAAAAGCUUUUGGGGGAGGAUGUGAUAACAGAUUAUCAAAGUCCAGAUGAUUCUGUCUGCAGUACCAGAUCUUCAAGAAAGAGAGGUAGGUUACUGAGCCCUGAUCCAACUAAGGUAAUGUUGCAUGCUGCGAUCGAUAAUUCCCCAUCGUCAUCACACAGCAAAGUGCAUUCAAUGCCAGCUACGCAUACACUGAAGUUCACUAAAAACACGAGACAAGUUAGGAAAAACCUCAUGGAUGCAUACAGCGACGUUUCAGUUGGCAAUAAAAGGAAGAUUGGCACCAGCUCUGAGCUAAGUGAGACCUGGGUUCAGUGUGAUGCUUGCAGAAAGUGGCGAAGGUUAUCCGAUGGAACAAGUCUUGAUUCUACCACAGUGUGGUUUUGCACUAUGAACACUGAUCCUACACGACAGAAAUGCACUGCCCCGGAGGAAUCCUGGGAUUUUAAGAGAAAGAUAACCUAUUUGCCAGGAUUUUACAAGAAAAAUUCUUUGCCUGGAAAUGAAGAAAACGUGACAUUUUUCACAAACAUAUUGAAAGAUAAUGUUACUAUGAUCAAUUCAGAAACCAAGAAGGCUUUGUUAUGGUUAGCAAAACUUUCUCCCACAAAACUUCUUGAGAUGGAAUUUGUUGGUUUGACUCGACCAGUUCUAGAUACACGUGCAACUACUGGCAAGGGUGCUCGUCCAUAUUACAAGAUAUUCCAAGCAUUUGGCCUUGUGAGAAAGAUUGAGAAAGGUGUGACUCGCUGGUACUAUCCCUCUAUGCUUGAUGAUUUAUCUUUUGAUUCGGCGGCACUUGGAGCUGCUCUUGAAAAACCUCUGGAUUCAACUAGAUUUUAUUUAUCUACAGCCACAUUGAUAGUGGUGCCUGCUAACUUAAUUGAUCACUGGACAACACAGAUACAACGUCAUGUGUCAUUGGAUACCCUUAAUGUUUUUGUGUGGGGAGACCACAAGAAGCCAUCUGCUCACAACCUUGCUUGGGACUAUGACAUUGUCAUAACCACAUUCAGCAGACUAAGUGCAGAAUGGGGUCCAAAGAAGAGAAGCCCACUAAAGCAGAUCCAUUGGUUCAGGGUUAUACUGGAUGAAGGGCACACACUAGGUUCCAGCCUUGCCCUGACAAACAAGUUACAGAUGGCUGUCGCUUUGGUUGCAUCAAAUAGGUGGAUAUUAACUGGUACACCUACACCAAAUACACCAACUAGUCAGGUUGCUCAUCUUCACCCCAUGCUUAAGUUUCUUCAUGAUGAAACUUAUGGUGAGAACUACCAGUCAUGGGACUCAGGGAUCCAUAGGCCUUUUGAGGCACAAAUGGAAGAGGGACGUGUUCGUCUUGUGCAGCUGCUUCAGAGGACUAUGAUUAGUGCAAGAAAAGCAGACCUGAAAAAUAUUCCUCCUUGCAUAAAGAAGAUAACCUACCUAGACUUCAAUGAGGGGCAUGCAAAAAGUUACAAUGAACUGGUAGUUACUAUACGCCGAAAUAUACUGAUGGCUGAUUGGAAUGACCCUUCUCAUGUAGAAUCCCUUCUUAACCCCAAGCAGUGGAAAUUCCGUGCUACUACUUUGAAGAAUGUCCGUUUAUCUUGCUGUGUUGCCGGGCACAUCAAAGUAGCCGAGGCAGGUCAGGAUAUACAGGAAACAAUGGAUGAAUUGGUGCAGCAUGGCCUUGAUCCUUCUUCAGAUGAAUAUCAGUUGAUAAGAUAUUCUCUUUUAAACGGUGCCAGUUGUGUCAGGUGUAGAGUUUGGUGUCGCUUGCCUGUUAUCACACCCUGUCGACAUCUUUUGUGCCUUGACUGUGUAGCUCUUGAUAGUGAAAAAUGCACAUUACCUGGUUGUGGUAAUCAUUAUGAGAUGCAGUCUCCUGAGACUCGUGCAAGGCCAGAAAAUCCAAACCCAAAGUGGCCAGUGCCUAAGGAUCUAAUCGAGUUGCAGCCUUCAUAUAAGCAGGAUGAUUGGGAUCCCGAUUGGCAAUCAACAUCUAGCAGCAAAGUUGCUUAUUUGAUUGAGAAGCUAAGAAGUCUGCGAGAAACUGGGAAUAACAUAACCAAUAGUGUUGGUCAUGCUAAUACACCAUCUUAUCAACCACAGGCAAUGUUUGACAAAGUUAUAAUUUUUUCUCAGUUUCUAGAGCAUAUUCACGUGAUUGAACAGCAGCUGACUAUUGCUGGAAUAAUAUAUGUGGGAAUGUAUAGUCCGAUGCCUCUAGCUAGUAAGAGAAGUGCACUAAUGAAGUUCCAGGAGGACCCAACGUGUAUGGCUUUAGUCAUGGAUGGAACUGCUGCACUGGGGCUUGAUUUGAGUUUUGUGACUCAUGUUUUUCUCAUGGAACCAAUAUGGGAUAGGAGUAUGGAGGAACAGGUUAUUAGUCGGGCACAUCGAAUGGGGGCUACGCGUCCAAUACAUGUGGAAACUUUGGCUAUGCGUGGUACUGUUGAAGAGCAAAUGCUUAAGCUUCUGCAGGAUUCUAGCGCCUGCAGAAAAAUAGUGAAUAAAGGAACAGGCAGCACUGACAAUGAAGGAGGCCGGUCUCAUCGGAGCCUCCAUGAUUUUGCUGAAAGCAGCUAUCUGUUGCAACUCAGCUUUGUGUAG